AUGUGUAAAGACUAUUCAUCUGUGAGCCCCACCGAUGACAGUGUGAAGACUGAAACAGGGCCUCAACUAAAGGGUCAUCGUUAUAUGCAUAAAGAGGGUCACUGUAAUGUCGUGUUCCGCCAUGUUCCUGAGGAGUGGCUGCUGUUUGUAACUGAUAUCUUCACCAGCUUGGUGGAGAUAAGGUGGAGGGUGAUGUUCCUGGCCUUUACCCUCUCUUACAUCAUGUCCUGGCUCUUCUUCGGCACCCUCUACUGGAUGAUCGCGCUUGUUCACGGUGACACCAAAGACAACACAAACAACCCCUGCAUGUACGAGGUGCACAGUUUCACAGCUGCUUUCCUCUUCUCUCUCGAAACACAGACCACCAUUGGCUACGGCUUCAGAGGAAUGUCCGAGAACUGCAUGAUUGCCAUCAUCACUGUCACUAUACAAGAUGUUCUCAGCUGUUUCAUCGACACCUUUGUCAUCGGAAUUGUUGUCGCUAAAAUGGCCUCAGCCAAAAAGAGGGGACAGACGGUGGGCUUCAGCCACUGUGCCGUCAUUAACCUUCGCGAUGGUUACCUGUGCCUUUCUUGGAGAGUUGGGGACUUCCGCCGGUACCACCUGGUAGAGGGGACGGCUUGUGCUCAGGUAGUCCACUCCAUGGCGCACACCACAGGAAAAGUUGAUGUGACCUACGAAGACCUGGUUCUCCAGCAGAAAGAUAUUGUCCUGGUCACACCUACGACUAUCUUCCACAGAAUUGAACCCAGCAGCCCACUUUACAAGAUGGGUUUAGUAGAUUUGCGGAAAGCGGACUUUGAGCUGGUGGUGUCUUUUACCUACACAGACGAUUCCACAGGUAUGCUGCAUCAGACCCGGACCUCAUACACUCCAGCUGAGAUCCUGUGGGGUCAGGUGUUCCAGGACAUGAUCAUGAUCAGCAGAAAGCACUACAGAGUGGAUUACACCUUGUUCAAUCAAACCACUAAGGUUGUGGUGCCAGAGGUCAGCGCUGAGGAGUACGACAAGUCUGAGCGACGGCAGCCCUCUCUUCAACAUUCAAACAGAUCUUCCUCACAGCACUCUCCAUGGUCACAGCUGCAAGAGAAACUCCUAAAACCCCCAGUGGUUACAGUGGAGGUGAUGAGUGACAGCCACCCUGAACCAACUGUAUCAGCAUCUCAAACAGACAGGCAGCAUCUUGACAGUCUGACACUGCCAAAUGACUUCACAAGUACAGAAAUAUGA